UCUCUCCUCCACCUCCUCUGCAACUUCUUGAAAUGCGUGCUCGGAGCUCGUAACACUAGUUGACCGUUGCAUCUCUUUCCACAGGAGUCUAUUCCAGCAUCAGUAAUGGCAAUCACUGUAGCUCUCAGCCAUUGAUUUAUUCGAGUUUUAUUAUUUGUAGCUUCUGGAGUUGAAUUCAUUAUUAGACGAGAACAGGCUUUUGGUCUUGAUUUCAUCAAGUCUGGCUUUGUUACUUUAUAUUUUGGAGACUUAUUUCAGCUCCUUAGCAGAUUUGCAGCUCACACUCUCGUCGUUUGUGUUCGAUUGGCGUGGCGUGGCGUUGGUGGAAGUGCGAAGUAUUUCUGGAUCUCUAUCUUCUUAUAAGGUGUUCUUCGGUCAAACCUGUUUAAUGUUUGGAGCAAGUGUGGUUAAUCAACCGUGUUUGGACUAAAUAGAUGAAGCUCCAACUUGAAGUAGCUUUAGCUUGCUUUAUCAGCUUGAUCUGGAUUCAGCACAUCCUUUGCGAUGCCAUCAUGCCUGAAAUCGCAGCAGAUGUUCCAGGGACUCCAGACAUAAACAAGUGGACAUGUACAUGUUAUACCGACAAAUGGAACCAGCAAAUUGCCAUUCCAACCAACUGCUCUUCAUCCUGCGAUUGCAUCUCUGAAGGUACAAGUCAAAAUAGAUGGAAAUGCAUCUGUUCCGGCGAUAAACUCCCUGAAGUGGCUGCAAGUCAUGAAUCCGGUUGUUUUAUAUCCUGCAAUUGCAAUUCUGGAUCUUUGAGUGAGCCAGAGUCUUCAAAGAAUCAAUUUUCCAGCAAAGCAGUAUUAAUCAUCUUAUUGCUAUGCAUGGUGGUCACAACUCUUGCAAUUUUCGCUUCAGUGAUGUGCUAUGUCUAUCGAAAGCAUAACUGCCCUAAACGACUGCCUUUAUCCUCAUCUGAUAAAGAUACAAGUUACAACAGUACUUCCAACUUAAUAAGCUAUAGAACGGCUUCGGUCCCAGAAUCUCAAAUAUAUAUUCAUUCUCCCACCAAUCCUAUCACAGGGUUUAUAUACAAGGCUUCUUUCUUGUUUAGAAAACAAACAAGAACUGUACAAGGAACAAUAACAAGCUUUUCAUACUCUGAAUUGGAAACUGCAACCAAUAAGUUCUCCGACUCUAACUUGAUAGGGGUGGGGGUAAGCAGCCACGUCUAUUAUGGCCAACUGAAAGAUGGUAAACUUGUUGCUGUUAAACGGCUUAAAGCACAGGGAGGCCCAGAUGCCGAAGUGACUUUUUUGACAGAGAUUGAACUGCUAUCAAGGCUCCAUCACUGUCAUGUGGUACCGUUGCUUGGCUAUUGCUUAGAGUAUCAUGGAAAACACCCCGAGAUGCUUUUGGUAUUCCAAUACAUGUCGAAUGGUAAUCUCAGAGAGUGUCUAGAUGGAGUGUCGGAAAAAUGCCUCGACUGGGGAGCUCGCAUUGCAGUUGCGAUUGGAGCUGCUAGGGGCUUAGAAUAUCUCCAUGAAGCAGCUGCACCGAGAAUCUUGCAUAGAGAUGUCAAAUCCACUAACAUUCUCUUGGAUGAAAACUGGCGAGCAAAGAUUACUGAUCUUGGCAUGGCUAAAAGUCUGGUGAGUGAUGGUCUCCCCAGCUGUUCUAGUUCUCCUGCUCGAAUGCAGGGGACUUUCGGCUAUUUUGCUCCUGAAUAUGCAAUUGUUGGAAGAGCGUCGCUGAUGUCAGAUGUUUUCAGUUUCGGUGUUGUGCUUCUUGAACUCAUUAGUGGUCGGCAUCCCAUCUAUAAGUCACUCGAGAAAGGGGAAGAGAGCCUUGUCAUAUGGGCAACACCACUUCUACAAGAUAGCAGGCGAGUAAGCAAGGAGUUGCCCGAUCCACGUCUCAAAGGAAACUUUGAAGAAGAAGAGAUGCAAAUAAUGGCCUAUUUGGCAAAGGAGUGCCUGUUGUUGGAUCCUGAUGCUCGUCCAACAAUGAGCGAGGUUGUUCAAAUACUUCUAACUAUCGCGCCAGAAAAAUCUAAAAGGAGGAAUUUCUCCGUUGACCGUUUUCAGGAUUACACCAUCAGAAUGGAUCGUACGAUGGACGAGCUUCAACAAACGUCGUCAAGUGCAUCAUGUUCGUCACAAUCUUCCCUCAUUGUACAUACUCAUGAAAACGAGCAUAAAGAAUCAAUUACAGAUUCACCGAAUAACGUAAACCAAGUAAUCUUUCCAACUCCAGAUCCCAGAAGUUUGCAUGGUGAAGAUGAUGAAGCAACAGUGGACUUAACUGAACCCCGUUACGAAGCCUUCUGCGUGUCCAAUAUAUCAUCUGCGUCCUAAUUUACAUCCCAAACACGAUGAUAAUAUCAAUAUUCAUAAUUUAUUAAUAUGGUGGUACUUGGUCCCUCCUUUUUGGUGAUUAAAUCUUCA